GUGCAAGUGACUGCGCGACAUCCUGUCCACAGUGUGGACGAGGGAGCCGUGGCAGCUUUGGAGUCGCCCUUCAGACUAGGCCCAAUGGACGAGACAGUCUUCGCCUUCGUGCCGAUUCAGGGUGUUUUUGUAUACCGAAAGCCCUCGUCUAAAGUGGCCGACUCAUUCAUCCCCGUCGAGCGACUACAGAAAGCCCUCGCCCACCUCUUGAGCUACUAUCCUCACUUGACUGGCCGUUUCCACUUCAACCCGGUCAGCCGGACUCCCGAGAUCAACCGUCUAGGAGCUGGGGUGGAGCUGCUCGAAGCCCGAUGCGACAUCACGCUGGCAGAGCUCGCCGCUCGCAACCACACCAUCGGUCAGAUUCUAGUCACUGAUCUGCCGGACUGUGGUAACGCUCUGACACCGCCCUUCAAUGCCUCCCUCGAAGGUGUCUGUCGCGACCCAAUCCUCGCCGUCCAGCAUACACGAUUUGCCUGCGGCGGCGUGGCGCUGGGCAUUCGAGUCCAUCAUAUGGUGUGCGAUGCGGCUGGAUUCUUCUUGCUGGCACGACAUCUCUCCGAAAUCUAUCGCAGUCUUCCUUCUCAUCCGACUCUCACCGAUCCGCCUAUUAUCCAUUCUUACCUCCGCGAUGUUAGCGUCCUUUCGUACGAGGAGCAACGCAAAGCCCGCGAAUACAAACCAACGGCCUAUUAUUAUGACGCCAAUCCGACCGGAGAAGUACCUACUCAACCCAAGGAUGACAGUACCUCAAACACAGAGCAAUCAAUGCCCGAGAAGCCUGGCCAGCCGCCCGUCAUCGGACGCGUCCUACGCUUCACCGGCGACGAUCUCCAAAGGCUAAAACAGCUCGCCACCAAUCCUACUGCAGGAGAUGAUUGGAUCUCCACGUUCGAGGCACUCAGCGCAUACCUAUAUCAAAAAGCCUACCGCGCCCGCAUCCAACUUCUCCUUCGCAACGGAGCCUCGCCAUCUGCCGCAGCUGAUCAGCUAAACACUGGCUUCUGGGCCUCGAUCAAUGUCCGCGACUCACGCUAUCUGAACAUGCCAACCAACUACUUCCCCAAUGCCAUCUACCCGCCCUACGCUGUCUUUCCACACGAACUACUGGCCAGCGCACCCCUCUGGAAAGUCGCGAAGGCCCUUCACAAUCUCGUCCGCGGUGUCGACGCGCAGCAGGUGGAGCAGACGACGCGCUGGGUAGCUCUGCAGCCCGACAAGAGCCGCAUUAAGGUGGACUUCACCUUCGCAGAUGGCAACUUUACCGUCAGCCAAUGGUCUGGGUUCGGGAUGUACCCGGGCAUGGACUUUGACGUCGACGAGCGGGGAGAUCCUAUUUCGCCGGCUCUAGUGGCACCGCCAUUCACAGAAGUCUCUCGGGUGGACGGCCUGGCCAUGAUCAUGUCCACAGAGGAGGACUUGCAGCACUCAAAGACAGAGGGUAGGGGAAAGAAGCCUAGCGCUGUUGAUGUCAAUCUCACGCUCUCGGAACCCGUGUGGGCGGUAUUGCAGGAAGACGCGGAGUUCAUGAAACAUUGU